AUGGCUACUCCGGGGCCUAGAAGGUUCGCCCCUUUGCGAGGACCAGCAGGCAUAUCUCCUUUCCAUGUCGAUCCGCCGCUCAAGGGCAUAAUAUUUGACAUGGACGGGACGUUGUGUGAGCCUCAAACAUACAUGUUCAGGGAAAUGCGCUCCGUCCUCGGCAUCCCCCAGUCCGUGGACAUUCUCGAACACAUUGACAAGCUGCCCCCUCAUCAACAGCCGCCCGCCCACGAGGCCAUCCGCGCCAUCGAACGCAAGGCCAUGGCCUCACAGACGCCCCAGCCCGGCCUCCAAGACCUCAUGUCCUACCUCGAGGCCUACCAAGUCCCCAAGGCCAUCUGCACCCGCAACUUCGACAUCCCCGUCCAGCACCUCAUCUCAAAGUUUCUGCCCAGUUCUCAGUUCUAUCCCGUCAUCACCCGCGACUUUCGCCCUCCUAAGCCCCAUCCGGCAGGUAUCAUGCAUAUCGCCCAGAGCUGGGGCCUGGUAGACAGCUCCGGCGCCGUAGACACCAGCGGCUUGAUUAUGGUUGGCGAUUCCCUCGAUGAUCUGACGGCGGGGAGGUUGGCGGGCGCUGCCACGGUGCUGCUGCUCAACGACGUAAACAAGGAGCUGGCCACCCAUGAGAAUACCGACCUGGUAAUCCACCAGCUAGACGAGUUGGUGCAAAUCCUGGAAAACGGAUUUCAGGGGAGAGUGAUAGAACCAGGGCGUUUACCAUUGUGA